AGUGUAGAAAAUCUCGUUCAAUUUUGAUUAGUGUGCUCUUUUUGAUGGCGGUAUAAGUUUAGUUUUCAGUCAUGGCUUCUGCACUUGUUCCUGAAAUUCCCGCACCUGGAUUUUCCUUCGACUAUUGUCAAAGGAAUAAUCUGUUAGUGAAAAAUGGGUUUCCAGCACCCAAAGCAGUUAAAACAGGAACAACAAUUGCUGGAAUUAUUUACAAAGAUGGAGUUGUUCUUGGUGCUGACACAAGAGCAACCGAAGGUACCAUAGUUGCUGAUAAAAACUGCAGAAAAAUUCAUUACCUUGCUGAAAAUAUGUAUUGUUGCGGAGCAGGAACUGCAGCUGACACUGAAAUGACAACUCAGAUGAUAUUCAGUCAAUUGGAGUUACAUCGUUUAAAUACUGGACGCAUAGUACCAGUGUGUACCGCAAAUGCAAUGCUUAAACAAUUACUGUUUCGUUAUCAAGGCUAUAUUGGAGCAGCUUUAAUAUUAGGAGGUGUCGAUUUAGAUGGACCACAUUUAUAUUCUAUUUUCCCUCAUGGCUCUUCAGACAAACACAUGUACACUACCAUGGGUUCCGGAUCAUUAGCUGCAAUGGCUGUAUUUGAAAGUAGAUGGAAGCCUGGCAUGGAGGAAGAGGAAGCUAAAGAAUUAGUCGCAGACGCUAUUCGUGCCGGUGUAUUUAACGAUUUGGGUUCUGGUUCUAACGUAGAUCUGUGCGUAAUACGUAAAGGUACCGUCGACUUUUUACGCCCUUACGAUGUUGCCAACGUUAAGGGAGAGCGCAGUAUAUCUUAUCGAUACAAACGCGGUACCACUGCUAUACUCAAUAAAACAGUCCAUCCUAUAAUCAUCGAAGGAGAAACUGUUCGCAGAGUCGAGGCAGAACCGAUGGAUGUUUCCUCUUAAUAUAUUAUUUACUUGGAUUUAUAAAACUUUACUCUUAUAUUUCUUUCAAUGAAUAAAUUUAAUUCCAAACAAUAAAGUAUAAAGAUUA